AGGAGUUCUCGAACUAUCUUGGAUGCCCUUUGUUUUUUCAAAGACUGGCGGAACGCGUUGUGCGUUUGUGACAGUGCGUGCGGGAAAUCACGCGUUUGCUCGGUUGGACGGCACCGCCAUUCAGCCACACGAGCGUUGUCAGACAGACUCACACUUGCUUGUGUUCCGUGGCAUCUGGUGAAUAAGCGAAGCUGCUCUCUCCGAACUCUGGAAAGAUGAAGACACCAAGCUUUCUUCUAUGGGCGGCCAUCGCGCUUGGCGUUUGGUCUUUUAAUGGAUUGCUAUGUGAGGAGGACGAGCACUGUCCGUCAGGAUGGCAUGAGUUCAACGGCAAUUGUUACUACUUUUCCAAAGAUGGGGAGGAAAAAGCGUGGAAUUUGGCCAAAGAUGACUGUUCAACCAAGGGAGGCCACCUGGCCAUCAUCCGCAAUGUCGAGGAGGCGGAAUGGCUGGGAUCUCAAAUCAACAAAACUUAUAACACAAGAUACAACUACUGGAUCGGCUUGACGGACAACUUUGUUGACGGAGAGUGGAAGUGGAUCGACGGGACUUCUUUGAACAAAAGGAACUGGCAGCCAGGUCAGCCUAACCACUUAUACGGAGAUCGGGACUGCGGUGCGACGAGGGGCUGGAACGGUCGCUGGAAGAGGGCCUUGAAUUUUGAAUGCUUCGUGGUUCGUCCCUACAUCUGCAAGCGUUGCCAAGAUGGCGAUGAGAUUGUGUACAAUGGCAUCAAAGGCACCUGCAAUCUUCAACUGGCCGUGUACCCGAAAGUUUUAGAAGUGCUGCUUGAGGAGCGUCUGCGCCCGGGCCGCAUCAUUGUCAUCCAAGGACAUGUCCCUCAGAAUGCAACUAAAUUUAUCAUCCACCUGUCCUUGGGCCACGGUAAAGACACCCCGGUCCGCAUAGAAGUGGAUUUCAAAGAUGGGGACCUUGAACUGUUGACCCGCGUUGGUAGUCAUGUUGGCGGAGAAUAUGUCAACGAGUUCAUCAAGGAUGAUUACUUCCCCUUUGUAGCCGGAAGUGAAUUUGAGAUGACCAUCGAGUGCCGCAAAGACAUUUUCCUCUUGACCGUCGGUGACAACUACAACGUGCAAUACAACAAUGUUGGUUAUGAACUGCGCGACAUCCACAGGCUGUUGGUGGAGAGAGAUGUGACGGUCACCGCUGUCAGGUUGAUUUGAGGCAAAAAUGGAGGUGCUACUUCCUGUCGGGAUGUCGACGAAGUGACAACGCUUAACCUAAAAUUAAACCUAACCCUUGUGUUUGCAAAAAUCUAUGAUGUAACAUCAGAUUAUUUGAAUUUUUGACAGUUUUGACUACACGGCAGCAUGUGUAACGAACUGCAUUUAUAUUAAGGCUCCAGUUUUUGGAUGAAUUUAACAGUCUUGUCAAACAUCAAAAUGAGUCGAAUGGUUCCACUUCUAUUAGGGCUUUCUCACACGAUCAAAAUAAAGGAAUGUGUAUAAUCUCA